UCACACAGGCAGACAAGGAGCGAGUAGUGAAGAACCCCCCGUUUGUCGCUUGCAGACAGAUAGAGGGGUAUAGGCAGCCAGUCUACUUGAUAUGUUUCUGUGUAUUUAUUUUUAUUAUUCUGACGACUGAAUAUUUUUGCCCUCUCUAUAUGACAUAAUAAGGAGAGACAACCAGCAUUAGAAAGGUUCUUGUCAAGACGUUCUAAGACUUCGAAGAAUUCAUUCGUGACGGACCACAUUGCUGCAUGCCUCCUGCUUAAUUAAGAUUCUGCAAUUGAUAAACCGGCGCCUAUGCCUACCAGGCAGUACUAGGACACCACGAUCGCCGUUUUGACUAAUCCACCGGGCGGUGGGAUCUGACUGCAGCGCAUCUUUAGGAUUCUCAGCGAGUUGACUCCAAGUUCUAUUACAAGGAGUUUACAAUGACAGCCACGAAGGAGCCGCAGCCGAAUCAGAGACAGAAGCCGCCGCCGAAGGAUGACGAGGAGGACCUUGGUGCGGGAGCUCCACCUGAGAGGAACUGGAAAGGGAUUGUUAUCGCUCUGCUGGUUAUAUUGGGGGUCUGCUCUCUGAUCACAUUGUCUGUCAUCCUCCUCACUCCAGCGGACAGCCAAGCUGGCAGUGAUACCAAACUCACUGUGGAAGAUCUGUUCAAGUCUGAGUUUGUGGUCCAUGACCCAGAGGCCAAAUGGAUCAACGACUCAGAAGUCAUCUAUAGGAAUCGCGAUGGCCACGUCAUCAAGUUUAACAUCCUCACCAAUGAGACGGAUAUUGUACUGACAAACACAACGUUCGUCAAUUUCAACGUUGCAAAGUACUCUGUUUCCCCGGACUUGAAAUAUGUGCUCUUUGCCUAUGAUGUUAAACAGGUUUACCGGCAUUCAUACAUGGCCUCAUAUAGCAUUUAUAACAUUCACACAAGGGAGGUAUGGGAGUUGGACCCUCCGGAGGUGCUUAACUCUGUUCUGCAGUACGCUGAAUGGGGAGUACAAGGCCAGCAACUGAUCUACAUAUUUGAGAACAAUAUUUACUACCAAUCAGAUGUGAAGAGCAACUCCCUCAGACUGACAUCUUCUGGAAAGGAAGGGGUCAUCUUUAAUGGGAUCGCUGACUGGUUGUACGAAGAGGAGAUUCUCCAGUCACAUGUGGCACACUGGUGGUCACCCGAUGGAGAGAGAUUGGCCUUUCUGGUUCUCAAUGACACUCUGGUGCCAAAUAUGGCCCUUCCUCGCUUCACUGGGUCUUCAUACCCCAAGGGAAAGCAAUACCCCUACCCAAAGGCGGGCCAACCAAACCCCACAGUGAAGUUAUACGUGGUGAAUUUGUACGGGCCGACCCAUACACAGGAGCUCACACCACCAGACAGCCUAAAAAUAAGGGAGCACUAUGUAGCCAUGGUCAAGUGGAUCAAUAAAACCAAGACAACGGUCAGGUGGAUGAGCCGUGCCCAGAAUGUGUCAAUCCUGACCGUGUGUGACACCACCACAGGGGCCUGUGUUAAGAGGCAUGAGGAGACCUCAGAGCUCUGGCUUUCCAAGCAGAACCAGGAACCAGUGUUCUCCAGGGACGGCAGCAGAUUCUUCCUGACGGUGCCCGUCAAGCAAGGCGGGCGCGGAGAGUUCCAUCACAUCGCCAUGUUCACCACACAGUUCAGAGCAGAUCAAAAUGAAGUCCGCCAUCUUACAUCAGGGAACUGGGAAGUAACUAAGAUCCUGGCCUAUGAUGAGAGCAACGACAACAUUUAUUUCCUCAGCACUGAAGGUUCACCACGGAGAAGACAGCUUUUCAGUGUGAAGACUGUGGGGUUGUUCCCUCGACACUGUCUGACGUGUGAGCUAAAUAAGGCCCACUGUCUGUUCUUCGAUGCUGAGAUAAACCCCAGUGAUCAGCACAUCCUCCUCCACUGUAAAGGUCCGGGAGCACCCACUGUGAUCUUACACAGCCUCAAUAAUGCCAAUUACUACAUCCUUGAGAACAACUCUUUACUGAAGGCAGCUUUGAAGAUCAAGAGGAUUCAAAUGACGGACUUCAGAACAAUCCAGAUGGAACAUUUUGAUCUGCCUUUGAAGAUCUCCUACCCACCAGACUUUUCUGAAUCACGUCACUAUGGCCUGCUUCUGGUAGUCGAUGGCUCCCCCGGUGGCCAGGCUGUGAGUGACCGAUUCAUUCUGGACUGGGACUCGGUUCUGGUCAGCUCGGACAACAUCAUUGUGGCUCGUCUAGAUGGCAGAGGGAGUGGCUUCCUGGGCCAGAGGGUUCUACAUGAGGUCCACCAACGUUUGGGGACAGUAGAGGUGCAGGAUCAAAUCGCAGCUGUGGAAUACAUGUUGACAUUCCCGUACAUUGAUCGUACACGGAUAGGAGUAUUUGGGAGGGGUUAUGGUGCCUAUAUUACAUUAAUGAUGCUCAAAUCAACAGACAGCCUGUUAAAAUGUUCCGUAGCAAUGUCCCCAGUCACAGACUGGAAACUAUAUGCAUCAGCAUUUUCUGAGAGGUACCUUGGCAUGCCAUUACGGGACGACAGCAGAUAUCAGUUCUCCAGUGUGUUGCAGAAUGUCCAGCCACUGAGGGAACAGACUCUGAUGCUUGUACACGGCACAGCAGAUGCCAAUGUCCACUUUCAGCAUACUGCUGAGCUCAUUAAGAACCUUGUGAAAGUUGGAGCAAACUACUCGAUGCAGAUCUAUCCAGAUGAGGGUCAUUUCCUGUCCCAGAGAAGUAGGCUGCACCUCUUUGCCUCGCUCACCAGCUUCUACAGGGAGUGUCUCAAGGAAGAGAUCCUACCGCUGCCCGAUGAUGAUGAGGAGGAGGAAGAGUAGGAGUAGGAUGUGGUGGAGACCUUUGGCAGGACUUUUGCAGGACUUCCUCACUG